GCGGCGGCGGCGGCGGCGGCGGCGGCGGCGGCGGCGGCGGCGAGAGCGGGCGGACUUCUCCAGACAGGUUAUGUCACCGACGGAGGCUGCCCUGAAGCUCCCUGCGGCCUGGAGACUAUGUACAAGAGGAAUGGUCUGAUGGCUAGUGUGUUGGUCACCUCCGCCACUCCGCAGGGCAGCAGCAGCUCAGACUCUCUGGAGGGCCAGAGCUGCGACUAUGCCAGCAAGAGCUAUGAUGCCGUUGUCUUCGAUGUCUUGAAAGUGAGUCCCGAGGAGUUUGCUAGCCAGAUCACGUUAAUGGACAUACCUGUGUUUAAAGCCAUCCAGCCGGAGGAACUUGCCAGCUGUGGAUGGAGUAAGAAGGAGAAACAUAGUCUCGCCCCCAAUGUUGUGGCCUUUACCCGGAGGUUUAACCAGGUCAGUUUUUGGGUUGUACGAGAAAUUCUAACAGCACAGACUUUAAAAAUAAGGGCAGAAAUCCUGAGCCAUUUUGUGAAAAUAGCCAAGAAACUUCUAGAACUCAACAACCUUCAUUCUCUCAUGUCUGUGGUAUCAGCAUUACAAAGUGCACCCAUCUUCAGGCUGACAAAAACCUGGGCUCUUUUGAAUCGGAAAGACAAGACCACCUUUGAGAAAUUGGACUACCUGAUGUCUAAAGAAGAUAAUUACAAGCGGACCCGGGAAUAUAUUCGAAGCCUGAAGAUGGUUCCCAGUAUUCCCUAUCUAGGAAUCUAUCUUCUGGAUCUAAUCUACAUUGAUUCUGCAUAUCCCGCCUCGGGCAGCAUCAUGGAAAAUGAACAAAGAUCCAAUCAAAUGAAUAAUAUUCUCCGAAUAAUCGCUGAUUUACAAGUUUCCUGCAGUUAUGAUCACCUUACAACCCUGCCCCAUGUACAAAAGUACCUGAAGUCUGUACGCUACAUUGAAGAGCUCCAGAAGUUUGUGGAAGAUGACAACUACAAACUCUCACUCAGAAUCGAACCGGGAAGCAGCUCUCCAAGACUGGUCUCUUCCAAGGAAGAUCUUGCAGGCCCCUCCACUGGCUCCAGUUCUGCAAGGUUCAGCCGACGGCCCACCUGUCCUGAUGCAUCUGUGGCUGGCAGCCUCCCCACACCCCCUGUCCCAAGACACAGGAAGAGCCACAGCCUGGGAAACAAUAUGAUGUGUCAGUUGAGUGUAGUUGAGAGUAAAAGUGCGACAUUCCCAUCGGAGAAAGCGAGGCACCUGCUGGACGACAGUGUCCUAGAGUCUCGCAGCCCCCGCAGGGGCCUUGCCCUCACCUCCUCCUCUGCCGUCACCAAUGGACUCUCCCUAGGCAGUAGUGAGAGCUCAGAGUUUAGUGAAGAGAUGUCUUCAGGGCUGGAAAGCAGGGGACGUCUCUAUGCCACACUGGGGCCCAACUGGCGGGUUCCAGUUCGGAAUUCUCCCAGAACCCGGAGCUGCGUCUAUAGCCCCACAGGCCCGUGCAUCUGUACACUGGGGAGUUCAGCCGCAGUGCCCACCAUGGAGGGUCCCCUGAGGAGGAAAACCCUGCUCAAGGAAGGACGGAGACCCGCGCUGUCCUCAUGGACCAGGUACUGGGUCAUACUCUCGGGAUCCACCCUCCUGUACUACGGAGCCAAGUCCUUGCGGGGCACAGACAGAAAACACUAUAAAUCCACACCUGGCAAAAAGGUCUCCGUUGUGGGCUGGAUGGUGCAGCUGCCUGAUGACCCUGAGCACCCAGACAUCUUCCAGCUGAAUAACCCUGACAAAGGCAAUGUUUACAAGUUCCAGACUGGUUCCCGUUUUCAUGCAAUACUGUGGCACAAGCAUUUGGAUGAUGCAUGUAAAAGCAACAGGCCUCAGGUAAAGUCACCGAAACCCUGCUUGUCUCUUGAAAUAUCCUCUCCCACCCUUGGGACUAAGGGUUCAUAGAAAACAGGACUCAUUCCUUCCCUCAGAGCCUAUCAGCUAUGCUCCCAGGCACCCUUUUUUGAUCAACCUUUCUCCGUGAGACAGGGCAUCCUCUGCUCAAGCUUAGAACUAAGCCUGGCUCCAGACAAGAACUGUGGAUCUGAUCCUUGUGUAUUUCCCACUAAAGGAAACACUGCAGAAACAUCCACUGGGCACAGUUAGGUGGCAAAUGUGGUAUCGCCCCAGUGAUCAGAAGAGAGAGCAUCUAUUUAGACCAUCUCCCCUCCAAAGUUGAUUCAUGGAAAUACUCCAGACUGACAAAAGGGCCUCCCUGCCCCAAAACCUUUAGGAAUAAAAAUAUUAGCUAAUAUUGAGAGCCACAUAAGGCUGCUGCUCAGUGUAUCUGCACCGGGCCCAGGACCAGGCAUUACAGGAAAUGCUUUACGUGUGAGAAUUGGCCAAAUGCCCGCAACACCCCUGGGAGGUAUGUUUCUCUUACUGUCUCCUUUUUAUGCUGAGGACACUGAGGCUCAGAGAAUGGCAGACACUCAUUCAAGUUCCCAAAGUUAAUGAGAUCUCACCCCCGUCUGUCCUGCACCGGAGUCUAUACUUGUUGCCCCAAGCUCCACACUUUCUCACACUUCCCAGAGGACCUUCAGCUUGCUCAGCCUCCUGCAGCUGAGCUAAGGGCUUGGAAGCACAGCCUGGCCAUCAGGCUUCUGAAAGGCAUGGCUGCUCCAGCCCUCAGCACCCAAUGGGGCAGGCUGGAUGUUCCUGCCACUGGGAGUCAAGUGGGAGGCAUUUGGCUGCUGCUGCCAGAUUGGUGCUUCUAUCCCUAAGUUUUGCUGUCCAUGUCCCCCAGUGACCAGCCAGAAGAGGGCACUGCCCAAUGGGUCCCUCUCAGGCUGGGGAUAGAGCAAGCACCAGCUUUGGGUGGGUGGCAGCUUGGAGGCACCAGCCUGGAGGUGUGAGGGGGCCUCAGCAAAGGCUGGUUUACACUAGGCCUUUGGGUCUUGGGAGAAUGCUGGGGACAGCACACAGACUUCUGGGUCCCUUAGAAUGGUUCUCGAAAAUCAGAGGGAAGUCUCAGUUUGGUCCUCUUCAGGAUUUUCAUCCAUCACGUCCAAUGAGAACAUGGGUGACAAGCUGGUCAGAUUAUAUAGAUGAUGGGAAGCUAGAAAGCAGAAGUAGUAGAAAGUUCUCGAUGAACUAAAACAGUAGGAAAGUCUGACAGAGGGAAAAUGUGAGAUACUACAAAGAAGCUCAAAAUAAACUGCACUUGAAUCCCCUUCCUCACCUAUCUGCCUGCUAGGAAUUUGUCCUGGUGAUAGACUCACACGUGCACACAAAGGUAUGUUCCCUGCAGAGGCACCUGGCUGGCUCAGUCAGUAGAGCAUGCGACUCAAUCUCAGGGUCAUGAGUUCGAGCCCCAUGUUGGUCACAGAGAUUACUUUAAAUUUUUUUUUUAAAAAAGCAAAGUGUAGAGCAUAUGUAAGAGUGAUCUCAUUUGUAUUAAAAUACAUGAGCAUAUUUAUAAGGUGUAUGUUUGUCUCUGUAUGUGAAAUUCCUAAAGUGAUGUGCAAGGAAGUAUAAUUCCAUGGGGUCUAGAGCAUAUAUAUAUAUAUGUUUGUUUGUUUUUUUACACUAAACAAAUAUAAUUGCUCAUCUCCUCGACAGGAAGGACAGCUCUGAGGUGGGCCCCCAGGAUGGUGGGGGAGGUGAGGGAAACACAGCCUGAGGGUCUGCCCCUUGGGGUCUGCCCAGAGACAACAGCCUCAGCACUUUAGCAGCCCCAGCUGGGAGCAGCGAUGGUUGUCCUUCACAAAAGCCCUUUGUUUCUCGCUGUGGGGUAUUGUGGGGUCGAGGUCAUCAGAGGGUGGCAGCAACGCCACAGCAGGUAACAGGAAACUGGGUCAAACCCAUGUGGCAGCGCAAGUGUUUGGUCAGAAAGACAAAUAGAUGGAAUUUCAUAUAUGGCAAAUGUAGUAUGCCAUGGCAAAGUUUUGCAACUUUUAAGAAUUUUGUUCAAUUGUUAGGCCUAGGGGAGGGGGAUCUUUUAUUUCUUUUACUUUUUUUCCCUUUUUAUUUCGAAUUUACCUUCAACCAUAUAUUCCUGCUCUACACUGUACUUGAUCAUAAAAAGUUGGCAACAGCAAAAUAGUCGACACAACAUUUUAUUUAAAUAAAGCACAGCACAUCCCUGUGAUGGCAUGCAGAUUUCAAAUAAUGAAAGAAGUCACAGAAAUGCAUCUACCCCCAUGGACAAGCUCAGUGACUAAGAUUAGUUUUCUUUUUUGUGGACUUGCAUUUCUCAAAAUUGUACUAACACCAAAUACACUUGAACCGUAUUGAUAAGGUCAGUAAGGCGUAAACCACAGCUAGAAGACCACCACUCUCAGCUCCCUGCCCACCGAGCCUAAAGGCAGGACCUUCCCGGGCCUCAGAACACCUCUCUCCCCCAGGGGCCUCUUCCUAAUUCUGUGUGCCUCCCAUCUGCCUGAACCUCAUAACCACUUUCCUGAUUUAUUUACUGUUCCUUUAAAAUGUUAUCAUGUGUAUUUGAUUCCUUAAUGUAUUGUCUGGGGUACCUUUUUUAAAAAAAAACAUUUUUUAAAAAUAGAACCAUAACUGGAUAUUUUCUUCUGUGACUUGCUUUUCUCCUACAGUGUGUUCCUGAGAUUCAUCUGUGUCAAUGUGUAUAGCUGUCAUUCAUUUGUUUGUACUGAUAUAUUUUUUUUUAUUAAUUCUUCUGGCAGUGAUCCCAGGAAUGAUUUCCUGCUUUUUGCUAUUUUGAACAGUACUGCUGUGACCAUUCUUAUAACUAUCUCCUGGUGGAAGGAGAUACAUUUUUUCCAAUUCAUCAUCUUGACCAAAUUGACACCAAGAUGGAUUUAUUUUUGAUGAAAUUGCUUCUCAUCAGAUCCCCUGUAACCCUGCAGCAGUGCCGGGUUGGGGAGCCUGGGGCUGGGGGCAGCUCUGAAAGGUGAGGGAAGCACCCUGACCUAGGGCUGGCAGUCUCCUCAGCAAGGGGAGCUGGGAUUUUGUCCUGGGGACACAGCUUACGGGAAGGUCUUGGGGGUCCUGGCAUCCUGAUCACUCCUCCUAGUGCUCCUGCUUAUCAGUUCCUGCCACCCCCUCCCCACCCACCCCUGCCCACUGGUUUUCCUUCCAGAGGCUUGUGCCCAUUCCUACAAAAUUUACCCCCUGUCCGCUCCAAGUGCAGUUUUAUUUUGCUGCCAGGCUUAAGUGAAUGAGAGCGUGGGCUCUGGGACCUUAGCCUCACAUUUUACUCGAAGUGGGCUUCCCCUCUCUAAGCCUCAGGGUCCUCAUCUUUGUAAUGGGGACAUUUCCAGAACCUGCCUCUUGGGGUGUCGGGAAAACUGAAGGACAUGAUGAUGUCAAGUGCCUGGCACACAGCAGCCACUUGACAACGGUGGCCAUUAUUCUCGCGAGGCCCUCUUUCUCACCCAACCAGCUCAUUCGCAGACUCGCUGGGAAAGACCUGAUCCCUUCCCUUAGGGGCACCCCUUGUCCCAUUCCAAAAGAUUGGAACUUUGACAAGAGGCUGAGCUUUCUCUUCCAGGUACCUGCAAACCUUAUGUCAUUUGAGUAAGUCUCUGCAGGACUUGGCGUGACUUCAGAGGCUUCUGGGAGCCCAGCCUGGGACUGGUGGCGAAGCGCAUGUCCUGGGCACAGGCUUUUGUCCAGGGUGCUGGGUGACUCACAGCCAGACUCAAGGGGACUCGGCCUGCGACCUCAUGGUCCAGAGGGCUCACCAGUGCAGGGUCCACCUGCCAAUCCCCAGCGACUCUCAUGACACUCAUUCUUCAGCACCACCACACAGGGCCAUGGUCAGGCCCCAGACUGUGCACCCCACCUUCCCUCUCUGGGCCCUCGUCCGUCCACCAGCUGCUGCUUCGACUAGAGAGCACCUGACCCAUGUUGGGUCCCCCAUGCUUUCUCCUGCACAAGAGUGGACAGUGUUAACCUGCAUGAGGGGCCAGAGAGAAGGAACAGGCUAUGGAGUUGGCUUUUUAUACCCCAAGUGCAUGGGGUCGCUCGCCCACAGGGCUGCCUCAGAUUUUGUACAACCCCCAAAGCAUCCUCUGCGUGUGUGUGCCAUGUAUGUGUGAGUGAGAGCGAGUGUGAACUCUUUGAGAAACAUGCAUUUUGGCACAAGACUUGUGACGUCACAUCUUUCAUUCGCUUUGAGGUCCUGCUUUAACCUUAUGUGAUAGCCUUGUUCACCAAGGAAGGUCAGAGUGAGAGCCCAGAUUCCUCCUAUGUUAAGGGUUCCUUGCAUUCUUUUACUGUAAACAAACAAUGCCUUAAAUUGUGUCUUGUUUUCUGUUCCUAUGGGUGCUAUUCAUCUGGAAGGCCUGCUCUCUGGGCGCCCCCCCCCCCCGCCCCCCCCCCCGGGUCCCUUCCAGGCCUUGUUGCUGUUGGCUUUUCUGAGACAGGACCCAGCUUCAGGACUGUGGACUGGGCUGGCCUCCUUGCUUCCUCCCACCCCCAUCUGUCCUGCAGGGUCUGAAAGCCCUUGUAUUCUCCUCCCGGACCAUGCCAGAACGGGAAGUUGUGACACUUUCUCCCAGCUUCCUUGGAAGCACUCGGAGGCUGCCAUGCUCACGGAGAACAGCUGCACAGAAGCCACUGUGCACCAGCCUCUCCUGCAGGCCAAGGCUUUGCUCCCAUCAUCUACUGCCAGGGUGGGGCCCACUGGGAUUCCUGGGUACACUGGGGAGCUGAGUGAUGCUGAAGCCUUAAGCUCCCUCAAUCUUGCCCCCAAAUGCGGUCACCAGCAAGUUCUCCAUAUCCAUAUCCAAGGGCACAAUUGUUGAUGACCGUGGUGACAAGAAAGCAAAGCCCUGGAGAGUGAACAGUCCCAGCUCUGCAUUCAGUUAAGAGCUCUUCACGUGAACAAUGUCCUUUACCUGUCACUGUCUUAUUUUUGAGUGACUUUUAUUUUGCACAAAUACAUCUUUAUUCAAAACAAUGAAUAAAAGUUAGCUUUAUUUAUGGUAGCUUUAUCACCAUAGCUUCCUUCCCUCCCUCCCUCUCUAAUCUGGGUGUCCAAAUUCUGAGAAGGAAACCCUGAAAUGGUUUUCUGAACUCCUGGGUCCCUGUUGCUAUCAUGGUUUCCAAGCUCACACUGAUCAGACAUCAAAUCACCCUUUAGAGUUUCUGGGCAAGAUGCUUCAAAACAACAUCUUAAACAGUAAACUGUGAUAGGCAAAUUUUAAAAUGACCAAAGAUUCACCACUGUAUUUUGAUCAAACGAUGACAACUCCUGAAAAUUCUAACAAACUGGUGAGGAAAGCAGUUCCCAUCAGGAACUUAGUGAGCUCAAGACUUAUUUUAUGGUCAAGACUUAGUGAGAUCAGCAACUAACCCUCCUUUGGAGUAAAGUCUAGAAUGCUCUUGUGCCAGGAGGAGUUCCAGGUGGUAAAGUUGGUGCCAUCCAACCUUGGCCAUGAGUGCUCUAUACACCUGCACACAGCUGGGGCCUGGUUGCAUGCACCCAGUUCACAUUGGUGACUAUUCAAAUGGGCAUCCAGAAGCCAAAUGAAAACACCAAACACUCCCACACCUCUCACCAGAACCAGGCAGUGUUAACGCUUUAACCUACAUUGAACCUGAUUCUACCUGUUAAUAUUUUUUUAAGUCUUAAGUUCAGAGAAAGGUGCAAAACUGGAAAAUCAGCUACUUAUUUUCCUUGGGUUUCUCUGCUUCUCAACUGUCCUGGCUCUUCUCAAAUGAAAUACUAUAGAUGUCAAUCCAAAAACCCUCAGAAUUUCAGGCUUCCUUUAAUUAGAGCAUUUUCUGCCCUUUACACAUUUUUCUUAUCUUUCACAAAUAUUUUCUUCUGAGCUGAAUUUGAAAUAGCACAAUUACAAGUCUUUUCAAAAUGUUUAGUCUGCUCGCUAAUUGAGACUGAUCCUACAUCCCCUCCUAGAAACAUUCUUAGCUUGGACUCCUGAAGAAUCUGCUUAGACCUUGUUGGCAAAGGCCUUUAGAGCUGGUAAGAACCUUGAAUGGAGAGGAAGAGUCCUAGAGGCGGGCCAAAAGAUGCUGGGCUCUCCCAGCCGGAACGCGGGGCCAAGCACAUAAGGGCUGAUUGUCUUGCCUGCAUUGGUUUGUCCCUCAAGCAGCAGAUGAGAAGGCUCUCAGGCUGGCACAGAGGAGGCCAGGCACAAACCCCCAAAAGGGAGAAAUCCAUGGGUGGAUUCUCACUCUGGAGGGAAGCAUUUCUGGGUUUUGCUCUUUUUCCAUAAUGCACAAAUGUUUGUGAAACCAUCGAAGGUGGUUUGUCUUGCAUGCAUAUGCUAGGUUUUGGGGGGUUUUUUGAGCAAACAGAUCAUGGUGCCCCAAAAUGAAAAUUAUAGGAUGCUGUCUGCAAAUUGUGGAAUAGGUAAUUGGUAUCAUUAUGAUGCUCCAAGAACAACUCACGCACCUCUCCCUGAGAAUAAUUUUCACCCCUCUCAGUUGAAACAUGUUUUAUAACUCCAGGUCAGCCAAGUACAUUCUGACAACUGAAAUGCUUCAUGUAGGAUUGAUUCAGACAGGAGCAGUAGAAAUAAUGUUCUAAGUGUGCCCAGUGAGAGAGUGUGGCCUCCCCUUCCUUCCCUGAAGAAGCCCAUUCAUCACCCUGUCUCGCCAUGGAACCUAAAGAGAAAGAUACUUGAAGGCAUUCUGUUUAGGAAAGAACCCCCUCUCUCUUGCCUACUGGAUUUAUAAAGUAUCUUUUCCUUACCAAAAUGGCCAGUAUUUCUUUCAUUGUCUUCCUCUCCCACCUUCCAAGCCCAAGACAAGUAUCUUUAGGAUGCCAUCUUACAAGUGGAAGAUGACCGAAAAUGGGAAGCCUUUCACAAGUGGGGCCUGAUUCCAUUCCACAGGUGGGGGCUACAACUCUGCACCCACAUUACUCAUGCUUGUAAACAAGGUGAACAUUGCUAAAAACACAACCUAACUUAUCUUGUGUGACUUUAAUAAAUGACUUUCACCAGCCUCACAUCAUACUGACUGACAUGUGAUUUCAUGUUUUAAAAAGAAAGAAAAAAAUCUACAUGAGUCCCUUAGAAAUAGCAUUCUCUGUGCAAAACCACCCACCCACCCAUUCAUCCAUCCAUGGAUGGAUCAUCCAUCCAUGACUCUAGUGAGUGCUUCCUGUGUGCCAAGCUCUACCCAGGAUAUACUGUAAAUGGCUGAGAAUGAGCAGACCUGAUCCUUGCCCUGGUGGAGCUGACCACAUUCAACAAACAAAUAAUCCUCACCAUGGCAUCUUCUCUGGCAAGACCCUGCCUCUCUGCUAACACUGGGUAAAAACCCUGUGCACAUUCCUCCAGAAAGGUCUCAAAAAUGCUCAACAGACUGAAUAGCCUCUUGAUCUGUGAGUUCAGUUGCAAGGAGAAUUAGAGUCGCUGUCCUAGAGGCUGGUUGUCGCAGAACACCUUGGCAGAGAGCUAUGGUUGGGCAUGCUGAGAAGGAUUCUGAGGUGGCAUGAAAGAGUAGGGUCAGAAUGUUCACAGUAUUUACUUCAGAGGCUUUUUAGUUUUAAUUUCAAUGUUAAAUGCAAGUACAGCGUGAGCAAGAGCUGCAUUUUCUUGGGUGUUGAGGACUUGUACCAUGGACUACCUCGGAGUCCUGUACUGCACACGUGUGUGUACGCUGGGGGCAGCCUGGAAAUCCCUGUUUGCAGCAGCAACUCGAAGGAUCAUCUGUCCAUUUUAUAAUCAUUAAUCUCUUUACCCAUUUCUGAAUGACUGUGACCAUUCAGUAAUGAGAUAUUAGUAAUUAAUUUAUUAGUAUGGCAUAAUCUUUAAUAAAUUUUGUGCCAAAAUGCAUGGUUUUUCACUUAGCAUUCAAAAUGUUGCAUAGAGAGUAGUUUUCAAUUUCUUAUGUAUUCUUCAAAGUAAAUUGAAAAUCCGUUUCUACAUUUUAAUUCGUUUCUUGUUAAAUCUGUUGCACUACUCCUGGGCUGUCUUUUUUUUUUUUUUUUUCCAGCAGACCUCCUGCAUGCAGUUGUGUAAGGACUUUCUCUAAUUCUUGUGAAUUGUCUCACCCGCAAUAACCACUGAACAUCAGCCCUCUGUGGGAUUCUUUAGAUUUUUGGUGAAGUAUUUUGUUACCUCAGUCUUGUAUCAAGUUGCUGUAUUUUUCAGCUUGUUACACUGAUAAUUGUUUCACUAAUUAAAUACUUUA